GUAUUUCUACGCGAAUCUUUGGAACACACGUUAGAAAAAGAGCGAGAAAUAGAGGUUAGCAAAGCAGCCAUGAUCAUCAAAGCUCACAUCUUAGGCUACAUGGCGCGGCUAAGGAAGCACUUGCAGCUAUUACGAAACCCCCGAAAGAACUAAAGCAAGACCUCGAGAGUCACAAAGAGAACAAGCAGGUGGAGGAGAUCCUGCGCCUAGAAAAAGAAAUUGAAGACCUGCAGCGCAUGAAGGAGCAGCAAGAACUGACGUUGACGGAAGCAUCGCUGCAGAGGCUGCAGCAGCUCCGGGAUGAAGAGUUGAAACGCCUGGAAGAUGAAGCCUGCCGCGCCGCACAAGAGUUCCUGGAAUCUCUCAACUUUGACGAAAUCGAUGAAUGCGUCCGGAACAUCGAGAGAACCCUCUCCGUGAACGGCAGUUUCUGUACAGAGCUUAGUGACGUCACAGAGGCUGAAAAACCCAAUUUUAACUUCAGCCAGCCCUAUCCCGAGGAGGAAGUUGACGAGGGCUUUGAAGCGGAUGAUGAUGCUUUCAAGGAUUCACCUAACCCAAGCGAGCAUGGCCACUCGGAUCAAAGGACGAGCGGCAUUCGGACAAGCGACGACUCUUCUGAAGAAGAUCCGUACAUGAAUGACACCGUUGUUCCAGCUAGUCCCGCCACGGGCAACAAUACCCUUAUUAUCCCUUCUAUCCUCGACUCGCUUAGUCUUCACAACUCUUCGAGCGGGGAAUCCACAUACUGCAUGCCAGAAAAUGUUUCCCGCCAACCCCCUAAUGCUGCAGAGCUCAUUUCUCCUGAGGCAGACUAUGAUUAUGACCAGGACGACUAUGAGGAUGGUGCUAUCACUUCUGGAAGCAGUGUGACCUUUUCCAAUUCUCACAGUAGCCAAUGGUCUCCCGAUUAUCGCUGUUCCAUAGGGACAUACAACAGUUCUGGAGCAUACAGAUUUAGUUCUGAGGGAGCUCAGUCUUCGUUUGAAGACAGUGAAGAAGAUUUUGAUUCAAGGUUUGAUACAGAUGAUGAACUUUCAUAUCGGAGGGAUUCUGUCUAUAGCUGUGUCAGCCUACCCUAUUUCCACAGCUUUUUGUAUAUGAAAGGUAAUUUAUUCAAGAAACAACCCAAUUCAUUUGUGAUCAUCACUGCUAAUCGUGUUCUACACUGCAACGCAGAUACACCAGAGGAGAUGCAUCAUUGGAUCACUCUGCUACAGCGAUCCAAAGGGGACACUCGGGUAGAAGGACAGGAAUUCAUAGUGAGAGGAUGGUUGCAUAAAGAAGUAAAGAACGGUCCCAAAAUGUCAUCACUGAAACUGAAGAAACGUUGGUUUGUUCUGACGCACAAUUCCUUAGAUUAUUAUAAGAGCUCGGAGAAGAAUGCCCUCAAAUUGGGCACCCUGGUGCUGAACAGCCUUUGCUCUGCUGUGCCCCCUGAUGAGAAAAUCUUUAAAGAAACAGGAGAAUUGCCUGAACCCUGAAGUUGUUGAACAGAUCUAUAAGAGGAACCCAAUUCUUCGUUAUACGCAGCAUCCGUUGCAUUCUCCACUGUUACCCCUUCCUUAUGGAGACAUCAAUCUGAAUAGUAAGUUUUGGCUAAGAAGCCUUUGGGAUAUGCCAGUCUAUUAUGGCAAAAAACCCCUUCUGAAUAAGAAACUUUGCCGGGAAAAGACUAAAUGCAACCAGAAAAUGAAAUUUAAUAUUUCUCCCCACAGGGUCCAUGAUCAAUUCCCAGCCACAGAAAUGGCAAAAUACGCCUUGUUCAUUUAUGAGUCCCUUAAAAAAACCAAAGGCAGAGAAUUUGUGCCAUCCAGGGACGAAAUCGAAACUUUGAUCAACAGACAGGAAAUGACAUCUACCGUCUACUGUCACGGAGGAGGUUCCUGUAAAAUCACAAUUAACUCUCACACCACGGCUGGUGAGGUUGUUGAAAAAUUAAUUCGAGGUUUGGGGAUGGAAGACAGCAGGAAUAUGUUUGCCUUGUUUGAAUACAAUGGAACUACAGAUAAAGCCAUUGAAAGUAGAACUGUUGUGGCUGAUGUCUUGGCAAAGUUUGAAAAGAUUGGUGCCACUUCAGACAGUGAUCAUGAACCAUGGAAAUUUUAUUUCAAACUCUACUGCUUCCUAGACAUUGAGCAUGUACCAAAAGAUAGCGUGGAAUUUGCAUUUAUGUUUGAGCAG